AUGACGCCUACUCCUAUGACGAUAGUUAAAGAGAUGUGUGGAAAUUUCAUAAUAAGUUUUAUUGAUCAUAACAUUCAGAAUACAAUACCAGAUAAACUAAUUCACGAUGGGUCCUGGAAAGAAUCGGAGGAAAAAAUCGCGGAUGUUAUAAAAGAAAGUAUUACUAGUGCGGAUAGGAAAGGCGAAGGGCAGGUGGGAAGACAACCAGAUAUAAUAUAUGUAGUAAAAUAUUUAGAUGUUUUCUUUGAGCUUAUUUAUAUCGAAUGUUCGCGAAUAUACUGUAGUCAACAGAAAAAGAUAGAUGAUGAGAUAAAGCUAUGGAGAGAAAGUAACGAUGGAAUGUUCUGGGUUCGUAAAGUCCAUAAACCGGAGAAAGGUCAAUUUGGAAUUGUUGGAGUGCAAGUAGCUGGGAAUAUGUUGCAUCUGAAUGUACUUAUUAGAGAUAAAGCAAAUGUUCAUAGAUAUUUUUAUUUACAAUCGGCUGAAUUUCCUGUGCAAUUGUCAGAUGUGG